GCUUGGUGCAAUUAUGCCAGCACGGGUCGAGCGUGUGGUGAGGCAGAGCGAUUUCGACCACUACACAAAGAAUGGAUCUAACAAGACUAUGACAUCAUCAAGAAGCCGUGAAGUCUAUGAAGUGGAUCUCCCAAAAAAAUAUGAAGUUCUUUCUGACUUAUUGGAAUCUGAAUCUAUUGCCCCGAGAAUAAAUGUGGCCAAAUUCGGUGAAUUUUCUGAUGAGCAGCGAAAUAAAAAGGAUUCGACUCAAUUACCGACUACCAAAAAGAGAAAGGCUUGCAAUAGGAAACGUCAGAGGCCUAAACCACGAGAUAGUCAGCUGAAGCAUGAAGCAUUAGCGACUCAAGGAUGUGGCAUUGGUGGACUUCUAGAUAAGACAAUAAAGCACUUGCCCUUCUCGGUGGAUUUGUUGUUGGUUGUAGACUGCUGUGUAUGUGGACACCCGAGAUCUGUUCUUCGUGUUGCUUUCGUAGAGUCCACUGAUCAAGUGUCGGAAAUUUGUGGGUCUCUUACAUUUGCACAUUAUUUGAAUAUUGAUUCGACUCCUUCACAUUCUUCAAAUUAU